AUCAAAACAAGAAAAGUGCGUUGUGCAAUUUUCGCUAAAUCUCUGGAAAUAUUAAAUAAAAUAGCUUUAAUUGUAUCUUGAAUUUAUUGUAAAAUCACCUAUUAAACAAUGGAUGAGGAGGAAUACGGAAAUGACGACGUCGGUGGGGAUGAUUUCGAUGAUGUCGAUGACGAGGAUAACAUUGAUGAUCUGAAUCAGGAUGAGGAAGUGGAUAAUAUUGAAAUUCUCACGCCCGGACAAGCUGGAGGCGGUGUAGCGAAAUCCAAACGCAUCACCACAAGAUACAUGACAAAGUACGAGAGAGCACGUGUCCUGGGAACGAGAGCCCUUCAGAUUGCCAUGUGUGCCCCCAUAAUGGUGCAAUGGGAAGGUGAAACGGAUCCCCUGCAGAUUGCCAUGAAGGAACUGAAGCAGCGCAAAAUUCCCAUCAUCAUCCGACGCUACCUUCCGGAUCACUCCUACGAGGACUGGAGUAUUGAUGAGUUAGUAAUAACGGACACGUAGAGAUCUCAAGGUACUUUCCUUUUGCUUUUAAUGAAUUUUCUAUUAAAUUACAAUUGAGUCAGAG